GCCUGCCUGCCUGCGCUUGAAUGAAAGCAUGACAGGGCAUGCAUCAGUAAGUGACUCGCCGCCCUGUCGAGGUUGGCUGUGUGCUGUCUGGCACCCUGGCAUCUGUCGCUCUUUUGCUUCUCACCCAAUUGCCCAAUUCGUGACAGAUGGACACAGCCAACACCACACCAUAUGGCAAUCGCAAACCCCAAUCGGUAUCGCCAAUCGCCUGUCUCGGACGAGCUCGCUGCUCCUGGCUCGUUCCAGCCCCAGACGGACACGCCCCCAUCCAUCCCUUCGCUCGACGCCCGCCCGUCCAUCCGUCCACCGCCUGCUCCCACGUUUGGAGCCGAUGACGUCUGUCGGCCAAGCCACUGGAGAGGCAGGCGGCGUGGGAGCUGGGUGAUGAGGCGACGACGCCAACGCAUCGUAGCGCCCGGCACCACCCGUCCAAUUGUCGCUGGCUCGCUCGCCCGUCGACUGGCUGAUGGAGUACGUAGACGGUUCGGCACUGGGGCGGACAAUUGACGGGCGGCCCCAAGAAGAAAGACGGUCAAUCAAGGGCAGAGAGAGACGUCGACUUUUCAAGCCACACUCGCUGCGACGAAAGACGACCGCAAAGAUGGAUCGUGGCACGCAGGGGCACCCUUGGCUGGAGAAGACCCCCUUUCCCCCCGGUUACCCCCGGCGGCGGGCCACCCCUCGCUCGCUUCUGUGCCACUCAAAACGCCAGCAGGGAAGACACUGAUCCAUUCGUGACAGAAAGCAGCGAGAGCCCUUCACCCGUCAUCGGUCUGAUUUGCUUCCGACUGGGCUUGCUGGGUCCGCCCACGCAGCGGCCAACCGCGAUCCUGUCAUCCAACCAUUCCCGCGACUGUCCACAGCCGCCCGAGCCCACCCACACUCUUCACUACAACCAUCCAUCCAUCCAUCCAUCCAUCCCAGUGCUAUGCUGUUGGUGGACCCGCCGCCGCCUGUGGUUACCGCACCGCACAGCACCGCGCUGAUGAUGGAUGCGCCGGCCGGGCCCCGGCACGGAAAACACCAACGGAUCCCUCCAUCUCAUCCACACACACACAACCCGCAAAAGCAUCUCUCGUCUCCCUCGUGUUUGCCCUUCUCUCUCUCUCCCCUCUGUCGACGCAAACAACCCCUCCAACUGCCCUGUGCUGCCCGCGUGCUGUGCCAGGCACAAAGAUCCGAUCCAGACAGGGGCCGUUUUGUGAUCUGUCGAGACGUCUGACACGCUGCGCUUACUCCUGCCGCGCCCAGCCAGGUACAAAAAAGUCUCGCGCUCCCGGCUCUUGCGCUGGAGUCGUUGGCCACGAACUCGCCGCGUCUGUCUCCCGCUUGCCGCGUCGCCUCUCUCGCUCCUAAAAGCCAAGACGGUAUCUCUCGCCGCCUGCCCCAGGUCUUGACCUUUCGACCCAGUCAUCCGCACGAGCGCCAACGUCGUCGCCCUUUGUGCACGGGCUCCCUCGGUCACGCUAUCGAAUAUCGAGCAAUGGCUUUCACUUCUGGCCGCCGCUGUUAACCUCAGCCUACGGUUCGCAUGGUCCGCCUCUCAGCCCUGCCGAGCUUCCCCGACUACCGUCGCCUCAUGUCGUCUUUCUCACCUCCGCUAUGGACGUCUCCUCGGCGACUUCGGACGGUCACGUCCCGAAUCGCGGACCCGCCGUCUUCGCCGUCACCACCGCGACCCUUGUUCUCGCCUCCAUCUUUGUCGGCGCGCGCAUCGUCUGCCGCUACUUCAUUGUCCGGAAUGUCUCUUGGGAUGACCGAGUCAUGAUCCUGGCCUGGCUCAUAGCCUUCUUCCUCUCCUUCACAAUCGACUACGGUGUCACCAAUGGCCUGGGGAAAUAUGACCGAGAUAUACUAGAAGACGACUGGUCGACGCUGCGCCACUGCGAAUAUGUCUUUUCGAUACUCUAUAACCCCGCCCUCAUGGCCACCAAGACUAGUAUUUUAAUAUUUUACCUCCGCCUCGCCAAAAACACGCAGGUUGUCCUUCGCUACGCUUCGUGGGCCACGCUGGCCGUUGUCAACGUCGCUGGCACGGUCCUCACCUUUAUGAACAUUUUCCAGUGCAGUCCAAUCAGAGCCGCCUGGGAUAUCCACGUGGAAACGCCGACGCGAUGCAUCCCCCUCCUCACCGAAUUCAUUUGCGCCGCGCCGGUCAACAUCGUGACCGACCUGGCGAUUCUCGCCCUGCCCAUCCCCGUCCUCACGGGGAUGCGGCUGCCUUCGCGACAGAAAACGAUUCUUGUCCUCACCUUCACCCUCGGUAUCUUCGUCACGAUAGUCGACGUUGUCCGAAUUUACUACCUCCAGCGCGCCAUUUCCGAAGUACCGACAGGCGCGACGACCAGCCCCAAUUCGCGCUUUGGCGGACAGACCGACUUUGCCUGGAACGCAUCGCUUUCGCUCAUGUGGAGCGCCGUUGAGGUCAAUAUUGGCAUGAGCUGCGCUUGUGUCCCCACCCUCAAACCCCUCAUCCUCAAGCUCCUACCGGCCAUGUUGUACGACCCGGACGGCACGAGAACCUCGGCAGGCUCCACGAGCAAGGGGCCAAGCGACAACGAGACACCCCCAUCGCAGAACCAUAGUGCGGAGAUGACGAGCGGGGCCGCCCCUGCGGUUGUCGAGCCUCAGCCGUCAUAUCGCGCAAGCCCGGGCCACGACGCUCCCAUGAGCGCCAUGGAGUUCCUGACGACACCGGACAUGACGUCCCUGCCGGAAAACACACAUCUCGCUGACAUGUCGCGGGCGCGCACCGCCCGGACUGCCUCUACCUCGGGUACGGUCGAGAACGGCAUUUACUUUGGCUUUGUCAACAUGACCAAACCCAAGAGCAUGCUCAAAGCCAACGCCUUCGAGUCGUUCAAGUACUGCACUAUCGUCUCCAUCCUCUUUCUCCUCUGGGGCGUGUCCUACGGCCUGCUUAAUACGCUCAACAAUGCGGUAGCCUCGGUGGAUCAAUUCUCUCCCGCGCAAACACUGGGCCUGACGAGCGCGUACUUUGGAGGGGGCUACUUUUUCGGGCCGCUCUUGGUGGGCGAGUGGAUUCUGCGACGGGACGAGCACAACCGCUCCAAGCGCCACGAGAAGAAUGAGGCCGAGAAUGUAGGCGGAUUCAAGGUGACCUUUAUUGUCGGACUAUGCAUCUACGGCAUCGGCACGGUCAUUUUCUGGCCCUCGGCUGUGACCAACUCGUUCGGCGGCUUCAUGCUCAGCAACUUUGUCGUCGGCUUUGGUCUCUCCGUACUGGAAGUGGGCGCAAACUCGUUUAUGAUAUUGUGUGGCCCGCCGCAGUACGGCGAGAUGCGCCUCCUCCUGGCGCAAGGAGUCCAGGCCGUGGGAAGCGUCAUUAGUGGCCUGUUGGCGCAAAAGGUCUUCUUCAAGACCCUGACUCAGAACGAGAGCGACCGCAAUGCUUCCAACAGCACGACUCUCAUCAACGUGCAGUGGACAUACCUAGGAAUAACCUUGCUCUGCGUCAUCCUGGGGCUGUUUUUCUUCUACAUGCCCCUCCCCGAAGUGAGCGACGAGGAGCUGGAGGCACUAUCGAAGCGUCUCCCAGUCGAUCCGAAGAAGAAGAGCAUCGCGGGCCUCCAACUGCGGACCGUGAGUCUGGUCCUGGCAGUGUUCGCGCAGUACCUAUAUGUUGGUGCGCAGGAGAGCAACAGCAUCUACUUCCGGAGCCUCAUGGUCUCGAUACUCCCAGACGCUGAUAAUCUUGACAAGCGAGCGACGGGCGGCACGGACGGAUCCGGCGGGACGGGCAACGCAGAUCAGCCGCCCGAUCUGGCGAUUUCCAUAUCCGACUACCUGCUCAUCGGGCACACAGCGUUUGCACUGUCCCGGUUUCUGGUCGGGGGACUGACGUACCUUUCGGUCAAGAAGCCUCGCCUUCCCCAACCCCGAACCUACCUCAGUAUCAGCGUUGUCGGGUGCUUUUUGUUCGCCCUCCUCCCUGUGGUUCUCCGACCGUCGAACCCCGACCUGCUGGUCAUCCCAAUCAUACUCUUUUUCUUUUGUGAAGGUCCUGUCUGGCCUUUGCUUUUCGCCAUUGGCCUGCGCGGUCAGGGGCUUAGGACCAAGCGCGCCGCCGCGUUCAUCACUAUGGGUGGAUCGGGCCCGGCCUUCUUCCCGUUCAUCAUGUACGGCAUCAUCACAACCGGAGGAACAGUGCAGACGGCUUUCAUCGUCAUUGUUGCACUGCAGGUGGCCAUGUUUGUCUACCCCCUGUUCCUGGAGUUCUCCGGGGACGCGAAACAGCUCGUCGAUCCUUGUCCCGAUGCGCGUAACGCGCUGCGCGAUGACGAAGAAACGACAACCGACGCCGUCGUGGCGAGCAGACACGGACGCGGUCCGUCCCAAGAGAAGACGGGGUCCUUGUUCCAGAAAGUCGCGAGAGGCCUCGGCUCCAAGCUCAACGGCCCGCGCAAAUCAUCGCAUCACACGAGUUUCGAGCACAAUGAGGGGAGCGUGAAGUCGACGCCACGAACGCCAUGAAUAUACCUAAUAUAUUAUACACUCUAUUUAUUUAAGCGGAGUUGGGUUGGAUCCGGGGUUCUGAAAGAGGAAACUCGUCAAGUACGGGCAUUUGGGAUAUGGAUUGGGAUUGGGGAGCAGCCGGCGCGCUCGGAUACAAGAUACCCCCAGAUGUCGAGCGUCAGACAUGCGCGCAGCAUCGUGUACAUAUUACGGCGGUAUAUAAAAGCGAAAGACAUAUAGGGCAUCAGGGAUGCCAGCUGGAUGAACUGAAUAGUAGAGACUUGGUCA